AUGCCUCCAGCAGGAAAGACGAGACCUCUCGAGAGGCUGGCUUCUGCAAGCGCCGUCUACGGCAAGUGCAUCGCGGCGGACUUCAACAACGUGCAAAAGGACAAGUGCAUGACUGAGUUUCUGAAGCUAAAGGAAUGCUACAUGGCGGCGUACAAGAAACGAUGA